AUGAAGGUGCCGCUGUGCCUCGGGCUCCUCCUCGCCCUCGCUGUGGCCACCUGCCGCUGCCGGCCCCCGGUGGAGGGGCCCGCUGCCUUGGGGGACCCCCCCCAGCACCCCCCGAGCCUGGCCCGGCGGGACUGGCCCCCGUACCUGUCCCAGGAGCAGCAGCACCUCCUGGCCCAGUUCCUGCCCCACGUCCUCACAGAGCUGAACAAGCACAAGGGCUUUGUGCGUGAGGAUGAGGGGAUGGAGGCUUUGCACGACCACUACUACCCCGACUGGAUGGACUUCGGCCGCCGCAGCGCUGAGGACCAGGCUGGAGCUGCGUAGCUGGGCUGGCCGGGCGGAGCACACCGGCCUCGGUGCGAGCCCUUCCCUCAAUAAAACCCUGGCACUAC